CGCAGUAAAACAGCAUGGAGAAUACACUAGCGCUGCGUAUCUUUAAGACCUUCGUGGGCAUUGUCGGCAUCUUAGGCAACGGUCUGGUGUGCGUAGUCAUCGGUAAGGUUUCAGAGAUGCAGACCCGCACCAACGCCUUCAUCUUUCAUCAGGCCGUCGUAGAUCUACUUGGUUCAACCCUGAUUCUUCUGCAGAGCGAAGCAUCUCUGCCGGACCCCGUGCCAGACAACGCACUAGGGUGGGUAGUGUGCAGCCUCUGGGUUUCUAACUUUGCAACUUUUCUCCUGUAUGUGAUAUCCACAUUCAACCUGCUGUCGCUGACCAUGGAGCGAUAUGUUGCUAUCGUUCACCCGUUCAAGUAUCAGACAGCCUUCGCCAAGCACCCCCGGCUGAAAGUCGGUGCGGUCAUUGCGGUAUGUUGGAUGGUCGCCAUCGUUAUCAAGUGCUACAACCUAACUCUCUUCAAGGUUGAAGGUGGUAGCUGCGUUUCGAGUGCUGAAUAUCGGUCGAAAGUACUGGGAAUUUUGAUAGCCUUUCUGCAGUUCGUGAUGCCCGUGGCAGUCAUGCUGUUUGCAUAUAUUCGCAUCAGCGUGGAGCUCAAGCAAGGAGCCGCUCGGGUGGGGCCCGCACCAGCAGCUGUUGGUCCCGCCACCACAGCGGACGCCUCCCAACCGGCAGGCAUGAUGGAGUCCCUUCUCAGAGCUCGACGCAACACGUUCAAGAUGCUGUUGAUCGUGUUCGUCACGUUCCUGGUGUGCUGGACUCCAAACCAGGUGAUCUUUCUCUUGUUCAACCUCGGCUGGAAACUGCAGUUCAACGAGUGGUUCUACCUGCUCUCCGUGGGAAUGGUAGCCUCAAACUGUUGCGUCAAUCCAGUUAUCUACGCCUUCAAGUACCGCCAAUUCCGCAAGGGACUGCGUGAGACGUUUUGCUGCAGACGGGAACACCGUGAGGAAUCCAGUCGAGCAAUUACGAUGAACUGCAGCAACAACUCCUAG